AGUGACUUACAUCUGAGACCGCCGUCUAACUUGUUGAACAUGCCCUCCCUCAGGACAACCCCAGCAGGAUACUACGAUCCAUAUCCGCCUCCCCUUCCUUCAUUCGGCGCGGUUGCGAUCAUCAAUCCUUGGCCGGUGAAAUGGAUUGGAAUGUCUUCCAGACAUCCAGCACAGGAUCCGCAGUAGAGCACCAGAGCUCCGACCCAGAUGAGAACGCCGCCGUACCAGUCGGUGUGAUAGCUGAGCCGACCGAAGGCGACAAUGCUAAUGUACACGAGUAUGCGCAAGAGGGAACCUCGGGGUCCAAUAAGUUGCAGCCUACCUCGCCCGACUCUGUUUUGAUGGCAAGAUAUAAACAUAGACAUUGCUUGGGGAGAGAUCCCCUCAGUUCUGACAUAGACAAGAUACCUCCGAUGACAUCAUCAUGCCAACCCUUUCAACCUCCUGUCUCGAUUUCCCCAUGGGCACCUCAAGGACAUCCUGAAGGUCAACGAUACUUUACAAAGUUGAUAAACGAUAUUCGCUAUCACACCGACCACUAUUUUGAAGAUGAAGCAUCUCUGAACGUGAUCAAUGAACUCGCUGCCGCUCUACACUCUGACUUGCGCAAGCACCCAAACCUACCGGCAGACAUCGAGGUAGUCUUGCACGUGUUCAAGAACGAGCAAAAUGAGAUGGAGUGUUCGUAUUACCUCGCUAGCGAGGCAGAGCGCUCCGUCUUCUGGUUAGAAGAGGUGGACACAACUCUCAUCACAGAGAACUUCCGGCCAGUACGAAAUGCAUCCUAUCUGAAAUACAGGGAACACGUUGAUCUCUACCCGCAUGGGCGUAUUGUAACGGCAGAGUUGCUCAGUGACGUGAAUGAGACACUGAAUACAUUCGCCUUUGACACUAUAACAUCCAUCACUUCGACAUCCCCUUGGGACUACAGCGAACUUCAAAAGAUUCUAUCUGUCUCGCGCAACAUCGCAGUUGGAGCUGGAGCUCAGUCAAUAUGGGUAUUAGCGAGAAUCAAGACUAUCAUCUUGUGGGAGCGCUUCGUCAAUAUGCACGGUCUACGGGAGGCACGCUUAGAGCGGCACAGAAGCGUUUUUGACCAGUCCCCUGCCGAGCCCUCUUGUCUCUUACGACUGAUAUCUCCCAUGUUCUUCAACCUGCCGCUCCAGUAUCUCCGAGAACUGGAGAAAAUAUACGUAGAUCGAACGGUGAACUACAAAUCAUGGUCGAUGUUCGUCACGAACCUCCAAAGUGAUUGGGGGAACUCUAUCACACCCGCAACAGUACUCUUAACAGCCAACGUUGGUCUACUUGCAAUACAGAGUGUUGAUACCGGUAACCCGGACCGCAGCGUGGCUCAAAUCGCGAGCUAUGUUUCGACUUUCCUCAGCCUCGGAAAUAUCAUGCUAUGCACCAUCCUCGCCCAGCGACAUCGCUUAAACGCAAACAUGACUGCAGAUCUUGCGGGCACCUAUGUAGACGGGAGAGCAAACUUCCCAUACGGGCUUGAACUCGUGGCCGUCUCCUUCAGUCUUCCCAGCGUGAUGUUCCUCUGGGGAUUGGCGGCCUUCUAUGUCGCGGUCGCUUGGGUCUGCUUAGAGGGGACAAGCCUUUGGACCCGUCUGCUGAGCGGGUUCAUUUUCGCGAUGAUCACUGUCUGCAUUGGCCUCAUCGUCGUAUUCGACUUCUGGGCCACGAAACGCUUGCGCGUUGAACCGGCUCCGCGAAAGCUCGAUCGUGUAGCUUAUCCUCGCCAGCUCAUGAGAGACGCCUGGGCUUCCGUCCUUGGCGCGUCAUCCGUCGUUCGGAAAACGCGCUGUAAAGUACUCCCCCACAUAUCGAAGCGGAAGAAACGAGCGACCGAAGACCAGGUAACCCGGAGAUACCCAAACAGCCAAGCGUUGCCUUUGUGAAUGCAGCAAAUAACGCUGGAUCGUAACAGACUUUCAGCGUCGCAUCUGGGUAAUCAAUGUAUUCUUUUGAUAGUGACUGGAUUAUUACCAGAAGUGUAUUUGCACCGACCGUGUCCCAUUGACAUAUGCUCUUCCGGAUCCAUGUCAAUAACCUCAAUCAAGGUAUGUCUGGGUUACACCUUGACCCCCCACCAAUCUGUACAGCGUCGCAUGAAUGCGACGGUGUAUUGCG